AUUAUUGGGACGUUGGGGAUCCCACUUUCAUCUGCACGCAUUGUGGAGCAAGUUCAUCAUUUAAUGGGCAGCCUUAUUCCGCCUGAUAACACGUCUCCAAAAUUUGCUCAACUUUAUAUCUACAAUACCGAGAAUGAAAUUGACAAUAUAUUGGAUUUUCUAAGUCCCACAAACAAUGAAGACAUCCUAGAUCCCGGUAUUGUGAGAUCUUUGAAGGAAAUGCUAGAUGAGCACAACAGAAUUGCGCAAUCUUUUUGGUAUGCUAGAGACCGUUAUAAGGAAGAUGACUUCAAUGGGGUGAAGUUGAGGCUUAUUCGAAAGCGUGGAAGCGAUGGAAGAGUUUAUAAUCUUCCCUCUGCAUCUGAAGUUGCUGCUUUGAUUGUAGGAGAUAUAGACAACGUCAUGGGUGACAGAGACAUCAUUGUGGAGACACAAACCGGACUUUUGCAGCGCAUUGAUGUCAAGCAUCCCUUAUAUCUUGGCUUACAAUAUCCUUUGUUAUUUCCUUGUGGAGAGGAUGGUUAUCGCGAUGAUGUCCAGCGUGCUUCCAUUUCCAGUGGUAGGACAAACCCAAGAUCAACGAUUAGCAUGAAAGAAUUCUUUUCGUUUAGGCUUCAAAUGAGAUCAGGGGAGUCCCAAAUUCUUCUUCACUCCAGAAAACUAUUCCAGCAAUUCCUGGUUGAUGCUUAUACCGUGGUUGAGUAUGACCGUCUUAUUUUCAUUCGCCAUAAUCAAAAUCAACUAAGGGUAGAGUUGUACAAAAAUAUAAUACAUGCAUCGGAUAAAGGGGAGGAUGCAACUGUUAAAACUGGAAAGCGUAUUAUUCUUCCUUCUUCAUUCAUAGGCGGACCUAGAUAUAUGGCUGAGAAUUGUAAGGAUGCUUUUGCAAUCUGCUGUUGGGCUGGAUAUCCUCAUCUUUUUAUAACAAUCACCUGCAACCCUAAGUGGCUAGAAAUUACACGGUUUCUUAGGGCCAUAAACUUAAACGCUGAAGAUCGACCUGAUAUUCUUUGCAGAGUUUUCAAGUUCAAAGUUAAUGCAUAUGUUUGUACAAUUGAAUUACAAAAACGUGGACUCUCUCAUGCUCAUAUUCUGUUGUUCUUGCACCCUUCUAACAAGCCCAACAAUGGACUUGAUAUUGAUAUAUUGAUUUCAACAGAGAUUCCUAACAAGGAAACACAUCCUUCUCUCUUUCUUGCUGUCACAAGUUACAUGAUGCAUGGUCCUUGUAGUGCUAACAAUUACAAGUCACCUUGCAUGAAGGAGGGAAAGUGUACAAAGAAAUUUCCAAAGGGUUUUUGUUCCCGUACGAUUAUUGAUGAUGACAGAUUCCCUUAUUAUAAGAGAAGAGAUAAUGGGAGGGUUGCGAAGAAAAAUGGUGUUGAACUUGAUAAUCGUUUUGUUGUGCCUUAUAAUGCAAAACUCCUUUUAAAGUACCAGGCUCAUAUUAAUGUGGAAUAUACCUGUCAGACCAGUGCUAUUAAAUAUCUUUUUAAAUACAUUCAUAAAGGAAAUGAUAGAGUUACUGCUGCUAUACAUCAUUCAGAUGAUGAAAUUAAAAUGUUUUAUGAUUGUAGGUAUGUAUCCACAUGUGAAGCUGCUAGGAGAAUAUUUGGAUUUGAAAUUCAUUACAGAAACCCCCCUGUGAUGAGAUUGUCAUUUCACUUACCCAAUGAAAAGACCGUUGUUUUUCCUGAUACUGCAUCAAUAUCUGAAGUAAAGACAAGGGAGGAGUUUAGACAAUCAAUUUUUGAGAGUUGGAUGGAUGCAAAUAAAAAAUUUCCAGAAGGUAGGCAUCUUACUUAUGCUGAAUAUCCAACUCAUUUUGUUUAUAAUGCAAAUAGUCAAGAAUGGCAUCCUAGAAAAAAAGGAUUCUCAAUUGGAAGAAUAAAUCGUUUUUCUGCAAAUAGUGGAGAAUAUUUCUAUCUUCGAAUGCUUCUUAAUUUUAAAAAGGGUUGCACAAGUUACGAGGAUCUGAGAACUAUCAAUGGGGUGAUGUUUCCAACAUUUAAAGAUGCUUGCUAUUCUCUUGGACUUUUGGAUGAUGACAAUGAAUACAUUGAUGCAAUUAAGGAGGCAAGUUCUUGGCAGUCAGCUUUUUAUCUUAGACGUCUUUUUGCUUUGUUGUUGUUCGGUAACUCAAUGAAUAGACCUGAAAAUGUUUGGGGGAAGUGUUGGCAAUUUCUCUCUGACGAUGUUCUUUAUCGACAUAGAACAACAGUAGGACAUCCAGAUGCAAAUCUUACUGAAGAACAAAUAAAAAACACAACACUUGCUAAAAUUGAUAAAGUGCUACAGAGUAAUGGAAAAUGCCUUUCUGAUUACCCUUCAAUGCCCUGCAUCACUGGUGCAUCUUUGCUUGAUAUGCACAAUCGCUUAGUGCUUGAUGAAUUACUGUAUGACAAAUUGUUUUUGGUUGAAGAACAUAAAAGACUAAUGAGUUCCCUUACAGAUGAGCAAAAAGUUGUCUAUGACAAGAUAAUUUCAGCAGUUUCAGUGGGUACAGGGGGAUUCUUUUUUCUAUACGGCUUUGGUGGUACAGGAAAAACAUUUAUUUGGAAUACAUUGUCAGCAUCCAUUAGAUCAAAAGGCGAAAUUGUACUUAAUGUUGCUUCUAGCGGGAUUGCAUCACUUUUGCUUCCUGGAGGCCGGACAACACACUCUAGAUUUCGUAUUCCAAUUCAGAUCACUGAGGAUUCAACCUGUAAUAUACGGCAGGAUUUUAAUAUUGCCGAAUUGCUAGCGAAAACAAAGCUAAUCAUCUGGGAUGAAGCUCCAAUGGUACACAGAUUUUGCUUUGAGGCUCUAGACAAAACACUUAGAGAUGUUCUUAGAUUUUCUGAUUCAAGUUGUGUUGAUAAACCAUUUGGUGGGAAAGUUGUUGUUCUUGGGGGUGACUUCAGGCAAAUCUUACCUGUUGUUCCUCAUGGAAGCAGGCAAGAUAUAGUCCAUGCAACCAUUAAUUCUUCUUGUCUUUGGUCUCAUUGUCAUUUAUUAACUUUGACCAAGAACAUGCAGCUUAGUUCUGGAAGUGACAUUCACAAUUUAAUGGAAAUAAAAGAAUUUUCUGAUUGGCUUCUUAAAGUCGGGGAUGGUGUUCUUGGAGAUGAUGUGGAUGGAGAAUCUAUUAUAACAAUUCCAGAUGAAUUAUUGAUUAAAAAAUCACUGAAUCCACUUUCAGAUUUGAUGGAUUUUGUGUACCCUGAUAUCUUGGAUCAUAUUUUAGAACCCACAUUCUUUAAAGAACGUGCCAUUUUGACUCCAAAAUUGGCAGAUGUUUCUAUUUUAAAUGAGAACUUAAUGUCUUUGAUUCCAGGUGACGAAAGAAUAUAUUUAAGUUCAGAUAAUAUUUUGAAGCAAGACGGUAAUUCUUCCCUUGAGGAUGAUGAAUUCUCACCUGAGAUCUUAAAUACCUUCUCCUGUUCUGGGCUUCCGGAUCAUAAAUUAAUUUUGAAGGUCAAAGUUCCAGUCAUGCUAUUAAGAAAUAUUGACCAAUCAAGAGGUUUAUGCAAUGGAACAAGAUUGCUUAUUACAAGAUUAGGCAAUCAUGUGGUUGAGGCAAUUGUUCUUACAGGAAGCAAUAUAGGAGAAAAUGUGUUAAUCCCUAGAAUGACAAUGAGCUCCUCAAGUCAUUCUUUUCCUGUAAAUUUUCAAAGAAGACAAUUUCCCCUCGUCGUUUCGUUUGCCAUGACAAUCAAUAAAUCAAUAAGAGUCAAGGACAAUCGCUUUCUCAUGUUGGAAUUUAUCUACCCAGGCCAGUCUUUAGUCAUGAGCAAUUAUAUGUGGCACUAUCCCGAGUAA